UUAGGACAGGAGAUAAUACACAUAAAUUUAUUAUUUUCCAGAAUGGUCAGCAGCUUGAGUGGUUUAACAAUGAUGCUAGCACCAAUUUGCUGCAGUAAGAUUCUCUGCUUUGUGCUUGGUAUGGUCUGCAUGUGAAUGUAUUUAUUUGUUUUACCAUCUCCAAUAUGUCUUUGUUCUGAGAAUGUAUGUUGGAUUUUCUUCUUCUUAUUGUUUAUUUCUCUUCUGAAAACAGAAAAGGCAGUCUCAAAUUUUGAGAAACUUGGUCUUUUUGUUUCCCUUGUUUGUGGCUUUCAGCCAUUGUUAUUUGCAUAUCAUGUUCCAGUGCAAAAUAGUACAACGCCCCUCAUUUGAGAUUAAUGCUGCAGAUUGCUUUGUGAUGGAAACAGAGUUCUGGGAUCCAACAUCCAAAGUUGAUUUAGAAGUUUAUUUACUGAGACUUCAUAUCUCUUCCCCCCCGUGGACUAUGGAGUAUGGACACCGAGUGGCCAUAGAAACAGGGGAAACGAAAACCCCGAUGCUGGAUUUUGAACAGAAGUCAAAGGAGGGGUCACUGUAUGAUAAACUUGAAAAAUACUUAUUUAUACCAAGCAUAAAUCAAGUUUUGUGGGUGUUGUAUCUCUCUUUCUCCGCUUGAAUACGAGUGUUAAAGUCAGAACCUUUAUUAUUAUUAUGAUUAUUAUUAUUAUUAUUAUUAUUAUUUUUUCAUUUUGGAAAUCUUUGGAUUGCCAAA